UUUGCCUUCCCGCUCUUUCAACCGGUCGCGUUUGCAAACCAAUUUGCUAGGUAAAAAAGCUGUCAUGAUUGGUACAAUUUUGGCAUUCUUUUCGUUGUUCUCGUACGCAAUGGCAGCAAACAAGGAGCGCACUUUUAUCAUGGUUAAACCCGAUGGAGUCCAACGUGGACUUGUCGGUAAGAUCAUCGAGCGUUUCGAGCAGAAGGGCUUCAAGUUGGUGGCUAUGAAAUUCACAUGGGCAUCAAAAGAUCUUUUGGAGAAGCACUAUGCUGAUUUGUCUGCCCGUCCCUUCUUUCCCGGUUUGGUCAACUACAUGAGCUCUGGCCCAGUGGUUCCCAUGGUUUGGGAGGGUUUGAAUGUUGUAAAGACUGGUCGCCAGAUGUUGGGUGCCACCAACCCUGCUGAUUCCUUGCCCGGUACUAUUCGUGGUGAUUUCUGUAUUCAAGUCGGUCGCAAUAUCAUCCAUGGUUCGGAUGCUGUAGAAUCAGCCAACAAGGAAAUCGCACUUUGGUUCAACGAGAAGGAGCUGGUUUCUUGGCAGCCAGCCGCUGAAAGUUGGGUAUAUGAAUAAAUAACUGUUUAUAUAUCAGCACGAGCGCUCAGAAAUAAAAUGUUAUUAAGUAAAAAGUACUCUUACAUUUCUGCCAAUGAAUUCCAAUAAAAUGAUGUUAUAUAAAAA